CCCGUCUUCCGGAAGGCCGUUGCCAUGGCCACGCAGGCGCGUGCUCCGCUGAGGGGCCGCACAGAAGGUGCGUGCAGGGGGCAGGCGAGCCGGCUCCGCCCUCCUCUGCGGCAGUCCCGCCUCGGCAGGUUGCCCUGAAGAAGCCUCAGAAGCAAGGCAGCACCAGAGCAACUGCGGUCUGCGCGUCCGGCCUCGCUUCUCGUCCCUCCCGGUCCUCUGCUAACUCCAUUCCCCGUCGUCGCCGCCCAGAGGGGUCCUGUAGACCGAGAAGAAGCUGCUGUCCGAUCGCCGGGACCUCUGGACAGCCUCGCCCUCCGACCGCCAACUUCCGGUCGGCUCGGGAGCUACAGCGCGGGGCCGCCCGGGCUGCGGGAGGCGAGGCCACCCCGGCCCUUCCCGCCCGGAGGCGCCUGCCCCCGCCUCCAGCCCGGGUUUCUGGGUCUGGCCGCGGACCCCGACCCGGGACGCAAGAUGGCGACUGCCGCGUGACUGAGCCCUUGAGCACCAGGCGGUGCGGACUGACUUUGGGGACAGGGACGCGGCGAGAGCUGGACUCUGGUGGCCUUUGACAGUUGUGAUUGCUUGAAGCUUGCCACGCUUGCCACACCGACCUGGGACACUCAUUUUAUGCGUGAGCACCGUGGACUGUCGGGGCACUCGAUAGUUGGAGGAAAUGGCGAUGACUCUGUUGGAGGACUGGUGCAGAGGGAUGGACGUGAACUCCCAGAGGGCUCUUUUGGUCUGGGGGAUCCCAGUGAACUGUGAUGAGGCUGAAAUUGAAGAGACCCUCCAGACUGGGAUGCCCCACGUCCCCUAUCGAGUGCUUGGAAGAAUGUUCUGGAGAGAAGAGAAUGCGAAAGCGGCCUUGCUGGAGCUCACUGGCGCUGUCGAGUACGCUGCGAUCCCCCGGGAGAUGCCGGGCAAAGGAGGGGUCUGGAAGGUGGUCUUUAAGCCCCCCACUUCCGAUGCUGAGUUUUUAGAAAGGUUGCACCUCUUCCUUGCUAGAGAGGGUUGGACUGUGCAAGAUGUUGCCCGUGUUCUUGGGUUUCAGAACCCUGCUCCGGCCCCAGGCCCAGAAAUGCCAGCGGAGAUGCUCAACUACGUUUUGGAUAAUGUCAUACAGCCUCUUGUUGAAUCCAUAUGGUACAAGAAGUUGACGCUGUUCUCAGGGAGGGACAUCCCGGGACCUGGGGAGGAGACCUUUGAUCCCUGGAUGGAGCACACUAAUGAGGUCAUGGAGGAGUGGCAGGUGCCUGAUGCAGAAAAGAGGCGCCGGUUGAUGGAGAGUCUGAGAGGCCCUGCUGCUGAUGUCAUUCGAAUCCUGAAGACCAACAACCCAACCAUAACCACUGCUGACUGCCUAAAAGCUCUGCAACAGGUGUUUGGGAGCAUCGAGAGCUCUAGGGACGCGCAGGUCAGAUUUCUGAACACUUACCAGAACCCAGGAGAAAAGUUAUCCGCUUAUGUCAUUCGUCUGGAGCCUUUCCUGCAGAAAGUGGUACAGAAGGGGGCCAUUGAUAAAGAUAACGUGAACCAGGCCCGCCUGGAGCAGGUCAUGGCGGGGGCCACCCACAGCGGGGCCAUCCGGAGGCAGCUGUGGCUGACAGGGGUUGGGGAAGGGCCGGCCCCUAACCUCUUCCAGUUGUUGUUGCAAAUCAGAGAGGGGGAGGCCAAAGAGGAGGAGGAAGAGGCCGAGCCCGCUCUCCUACAGUUAGGCCUGGAGGGGCACUUCUGAGACUGAGGAGAAGGGACGUCACUGCAGACCCAGAUCACAGCUGCUUUUACUGUCCCUGUGUGGUCUCGCAGGCGUGUCUCUGAGUAGUAAAGACAUCCUUGUUCUGUUUUUUGUUUGUUUUGUGGGGGAAGAGGAACCGGGGAGUCAGGCCUGCAUAUUUAUUAACUUUCGGGAAAUUACAAGCAAGCACCAGGAGGGGCUGCAGUACAAAUGGAGCACAAAGGCAAAAAUGCCAGGGAAAAAAGCUUGGACACGAAGUGUUGGGUGCAAGCUGUCAUCGUGGCAUCAUUGUCAGUGGUGAAAAAUGUGAAUCUGUGACACUUCCCAUCGUGAUACUGAAAUGUGAAUUGCGUCAGGGCCUGACUCACAGGAAGAAUUCAGUAAAAAUGUGAACUAUAUUUGUUACUAAUGAUGUGAAUAAUUUGUUAUUGUAAAUUGCCCUGAUUUAUGUUAAGGGAAAGAAAUGUGAAGUUACUAGAUGAUAUUACUCGGCUUUUUAAUGCAAAUUUCUUAUUUCUCAUCUUUUAUCAUCUGGGUCAGUUUAAUUGAAAAUUUCUGAGACUUCAAAAUGAGGCGUUAAAAAUUAUGCAAGUGUAGGACUGUAUAAAUCAGUUCUCCACUGUGUUACAUACAGAUAUCAAUCAAUGGGGAGAUUGAUAUGAACUAGUUCCCCCACUUCAAAUCUUUGUCAUAGUUGUUCAUGCUGAUAACUGUGUUCUGAAUUUGAAGUUAUUAAGUAGAUAUAUACAAAGAAAACAGUUUUAAAAUUGUAGUCUUCUCAUUUUUCUGACAUAUAUACAAA